AUGCCUGGAAACACGAAUGGAACGAACGGCACCAAUGGCCACACUCAGCAUGCUCCGACUGGGUCAAAGAACGGUGACCAGUUCCGCAGCUACGCAGAUGAUCGCAACGCCUCAUCAGAGGAUGUUGUUUACACCACCGCCAACGGUGUGCCAUACCCUCACCCGUAUGAGACCCAAAGAGUAGGCGAGAACGGCCCUCUGCUGCUCCAGGACCACCACCUUAUUGACCUUCUAUCACAUUUCGACCGUGAGCGUAUCCCAGAACGAGUAGUUCACGCCAAGGGCGCUGGCGCCCACGGUACCUACACAACCACAGAAUCACUUGAGGAUCUAUGCAUGGCAGACAUCUUCAAGCAAGGCAAAUCUUGCCCCGUCACUGUUCGGUUCUCGACUGUUGGUGGUGAGUCUGGCUCGCAUGACUGCGCACGCGACCCAAGAGGGUUCAGUGUGAAGUUCCGCACCGACGAGGGCAACUGGGAUGUAGUUGCAAACAACACUCCUGUUUUCUUCAUUCGGGAUCCUGCCAAGUUCCCUCAUUUCAUCCACACCCAGAAGCGAAACCCAGCAACCCACCUUACGCACGCUGACGAUGCGACUAACUUCUGGGACUUUGCUUCGCAAAACCCAGAGUCCGCGCAUCAAUUCUUGAUUCUCUUUGGUGACCGAGGUAUUCCUGAUGGUUACCGCAAAAUGCACGGAUAUCACGGCCACACCCACAAACUCCAAAACAAGAAUGGAGAUUGGGUGUAUUGCUCUUUGCACUUUAAGAGCAAGCAAGGCACUGGUUUCAUCACACAAGAAGACUCCUUCAACUAUGGCCCUGAUUACUCCACGAAGGAUCUCUACCAGGCCAUUGAGAAGGGCGACUUCCCUGGUUGGGACGUUAUGUUCCAGACUAUGACAGCGGAACAGGCCGAAGAAGUAUGGGAGAAGCAGAAGAUCAACGUGUUCGACAUGACCCACGUCUGGCCCCAGGACCAAUUCCCCCUCCGUAAGGUUGGAGAAUUCUUCCUCAAUGAGAACCCCCAGAACUAUUUCGCAGAGGUUGAGCAAGUCGCAUUCAACCCUGCCCAUCUAGUGCCCGGUAUCGAGCCCAGUGCGGACCCUCUUCUACAAUCUCGUCUGUUCUCCUACCCCGAUACCCACCGCCACCGCAUCGGCGCCAACUACCAACAACUACCAGUGAACGCUCCACGCGUUGCAUACCGCUUCGGUAACUUCCAGCGAGAUGGCAACAUGGCCUUUUACAACCAAGGCGCGCGACCCAACUACCUGUCAUCGAUCCAGCCAAUUUCCUUCAAGGAGAGGACUGUCGACCUUGACAAACUUCACGGAAAGUUCACAGGUGAGGCGAUUACCUUCUUGUCCGAGAUCCGCCCAGAGGACUUCAACGCACCACGCAAGUUGUGGGAGAAGGUCUUCGAUGAUGGCGCUAAGGAGCGCUUCAUCAAGAACAUCUCUGGUCACAUGGAGACUGUAACCGACAAGGAGAUUAUCAAGCGCCAGAUUGCCAUCUUCAGGGAGGUGUCUGAAGACAUUGCUUCACGCAUGGAGAAGGCGACUGGUGUUCAGGGUUACCCCGGUAUCUCCGGGCUCCGAUUCAAUGGAACCCACAACGGCAUGGCUAAGUCCAAGGAGAACAAGGUCGCGAAUGGUAUGACUGGCAUCAGCGCAAAGUACGCUGAGAAGAACAAGACCAACGGUGCUCCCAAAGCUGGUACGCACUAG